CACAUUUUCCCGGGACUCCUUUCAGUCGGUGUUAAAGCUUUCCCGAAUCAUGAGCGGCCCCUUCAAAAGGCGGCCGUCUCUUAAGGCCCUGCCUAACGUAGGGUUCGUCAAAUCGGACAUUUUGCAAAGGAGACAGUCGUCAAUCACCCUAAAGCCGGUGGCUGUUAACCAGCAGGAAGUACCCUGGGACGUCCUGGACCGAUGUUUACUCCCAGUUGUUUUUUGUCAUGCCGCCGCCAUCAUCGUCAGCACUGUUCUCAAUGCCCUGCACAUAUCGCAAGUGUCCACACUCACCUUAUUCAUUUUUUUUACCAUCACUACCAUUGCUGCGGUACUCUUCUAUCACAAUCUUAAGGUGACCGCAGCAGGAAAAGCGGUCCUGAUAACCGGUUGCGACUCCCGGAUCGGCAGCGCCCUCGCCCGACAUCUGGACGAACAAGGAUUCACGGUUUUCGCAGGAUUUCAGACCGCUUCAGGCAAUCCUGUCGCUGAAGAACUGAAAGAGGAAUGUUCAGGACGACUGCAUGUUUUGCAGCUAGAUGUCUCCUCAGAAACGCAAAUUCUGGCCGCUUCCUUAUAUGCCGUCGAACAUUUGCCCGAUGGGGCGCCGGGCCUUUGGGCCGUAAUUCAUGCAGCUUCAUGGGUGGCCCUUGGAGAAAUCGAAUGGAUACCCCCACAGGUUAUCCGGAAAGCCACCGAAAUCAACCUCUUAGGUCCCACCAGAGUGACCCAAAUAAUGCUGCCUCUCGUCCGCCGUGCUCGAGGACGCAUAGUGAUGAUAACAUCCGGCCUCUGCAAAGUGGCGUCUCCUGUCAGAGGGAUCCACUGCGGACUAUUGGCCGCUAUGGAAGCCCAGGCGGAAUGUUUGCGGAAGGAACUGCGAAGCCGCGGCGUCGAUGUGGUCGUCGUGGCACCUGGAGAAUUCACCGCAGGCAACUCCUGGCUAUCUGAUCAGGUUAUUUUGGAACAAGCGCGGGAUAUGUGGGGGCAACUGUGCCAAGAGCAAAGGAUCGAAUACGGGAAGGAUUACUUCGAAACUGCGGUCAGGAGUUUGGAAACGAAAUACACCAAAUGUCAGGAUGCCGAUUUAUCUCCAGUGCUUCGUGCCUUGACUGACUCGGUUAUUCGCACGUUUCCUCUUCCGAGAUACACUCCUGUGACCCGCAAGGAAAAAAUCCAAGCUUUCAUCGCCGACCACUUCCCGAGCUCGUUUUACGACAUCGUCUACUCUUAAGUUUCGACGAAUGAAGAAAAAUCAUCAAGAGUUUAUUUCAUUUUUUUACUUUAUGGGUGUUUAGGUUUAUUUUCUAGGUAGAAUAGCAAGUCUGCUGUUGUGAUUGUUUCGACUAAAUCCAUCCAUCUCGCGGGAUUUGAACCAUGCUGACAUUAAUGACCAGGACCGGGUUCUACAUAAAAUUCAGCCGUUUAUGUGAUUUUCCUCUAAUCAAUAAAUAAUUUAUACCGA